GAGCCCACUCUCAGAAUGGACCAGGAGACCCUGGGAAGCAUUGUCCUGCUUGCCAUCGUCACCCUGAUCAGUGUUGUCCAGAACGCUUUUUUUGCUAACAAAGUGGAACAUGAAAGCAGACACUGCAAUGGGAAGGGGUUGCAGCGGCAGGGAUCCUCCUACUUCGACCGUGUCUAUACUGCCAACCAGAACUGCGGACACGCAUACCCUACGUUUCUCGCUGUGCUUUGGUGUGCUGGCCUUCUCUGCAGCCAAGCUCCUGCUGCCUUUGCUGGCCUGAUGUACUUGUUUGUGAGACAGAAGUACUUUGUGGGCUACCUCGGGGAGAGGACUCAGAGCAUUCCUGGUUACUUGUUUGGGAAGCGCAUCAUUUUGUUCCUGUUCCUCAUGUCUGUGGCUGGGAUACUCAACUACUAUCUCGUCUUCUUUUUCGGAAGUGACUUUGAAAUACACAUUAAGACGAUAACCAGUGCGAUCUCUCCAUUGCUGCUCAUACCCUAA